AUGGAGACCGGUAAAAGCAUUGAUAAAAAUGGCUAUGAAGCAAUCAAGAACGGUUCUUGGUUUAGCCAGUUUCGUAAUGGUUGCAAUCCAUGGAUGGCUAGAUAUGUGUACGGUCUUAUGUUCCUCUUCGCAAAUCUACUGGCUUGGGCUGUACGCGAUUACGGCCGAGGUGCUUCAAAAGAAAUGAGAAAAUUCAAGAAUUGUAAAAAUGGGAGAAACUGUUUGGGGACUGAAGGAGUUUUACGGGUUAGCUUGGGAUGUUUUCUGUUCUAUUUCAUUAUGUUUCUUUCAACCGUUGGCACAUCAAAGACGAAUUCAUCGAGAGAUAAAUGGCAUUCAGGAUGGUGGUUAGCUAAGCUUCUCAUGUGGCCUGGCUUAACCAUUUUCCCUUUUUUGUUGCCUUCUUCCAUUAUUCAACUUUACGGGGAGAUUGCCCAUUUUGGUGCAGGAGUCUUUCUCCUUAUUCAACUAAUUAGUGUCAUUAGUUUCAUUAGAUGGCUUAAUGAAUUUUUCCAUUCCCAAAAAGAUGCAGAAAGAUGCCAUGUCCAUGUGAUGCUACUAGCGACUACUGCGUAUACUGUAUGCAUAUUAGGGGUGAUUUUGAUGUACAUAUGGUAUGUGCCUGAUCCAUCAUGCCUUCUCAACAUAUUUUUCAUCACUUGGACUUUGUUCCUCAUCCAACUCAUGACAAGUAUCUCUCUUCACCCCAAAGUGAAUGCUGGAUUCUUAACUCCAGCACUUAUGGGGCUUUAUAUUGUGUUUAUCUGCUGGUGCGCCAUUCGAAGUGAGCCAGUGGGAGAAACUUGCAACAGAAAAGCUGAAUCUUCUAGCAGAACGGACUGGCUUACCAUCAUUAGCUUUGUGGUUGCAUUGCUUGCAAUGGUAAUCGCGACAUUCUCCACGGGAGUAGAUUCCCAAUGUUUCCAGUUCAGGAAAGAUGAGAAUCAAGAAGAAGACGCGAUUCCUUAUGGUUAUGGAUUCUUUCAUUUUGUGUUUGCUACUGGAGCAAUGUACUUUGCAAUGCUACUUGUUGGCUGGAACAUUCAUCACUCCAUGGAAAAGUGGACAAUUGACGUUGGGUGGACAAGUACUUGGGUAAGGAUAGUAAACGAAUGGCUCGCGGUUUGCGUUUACAGUAAUUUGGAUGUUGGUAGCUCCAAUGGUACUGAAGAGCAGACAAACAACAUGACAGACGCAACAGAUUGUCACCUUCGCUGA